UAAACUUUCUCCUUUGUGUGUUUUUUUUUUCUCUCUCUCUAUACCUCUCAUUCACAAGAUCUUGCUUGUUCUUACUCUUUUAUUUUUCUUUUUCAAAAAGCAAAUAAUGAUUUUUCUGAAACUGCACUAACUCUUUUUUUUUUUUUUUUAAUUUAUUUAUCUGGAAGCCGAAAACAUAUCUAUGUUUGUCCUUUUCACUGCUUGGGUGUUUUAUCUGUUGCGCUUCUGCACAACACCGACCCCUCAACCUUCCCUUUAAAUCAAUUCCUCCUUGAAUUUUGUGCAACCAAGUUUUCUCUUCCUUCCCAUUUGGGUUACUUCUCACAUAAGAUCCUUCUCAUUUUUCAUUUUUUUAUUUUUAUUUUUUUUUGUUUUUCGUUUUUCACCUCUAAUGAUUCUCUAGCUUCUGGUAUCUUUGGAAGUAUGGAUUCGAAUUCCCGUUACCAAGUUCAGCAACCCAAUUCUGGGUUACUUCGUUUUCGCUCUGCUCCUGCUCCAGUUCUGGCCAAUUUCAAACAAGGCCAAGCUGUGAAUAACGGUAACCCGUGGGAGGGUUCUGAAACCGUUUUCAGAUUCUUCAAUUCCGACACGACCACGUGGCCCAGGUUACGAGAAUUCGUGGAUAAUAAGGUGGCUCCUAAUAACGCAGCCAAGGAAUCAUCAUCACCUCUGGGUCGCAUGAAUUCCCAACAGGGUUAUACUACUUCUUCUUCUUCUGUGUUACCCUUACCCCCGAGGCAUGACUCUGGUGUAACUUCAGAUAUCAUGCUGGGUUCUAUAGGAAUGGAUCAGAGUACAAACAAAAGUUUUAAUUCUCAUCUUCUCCGCCAGAGUAGCUUCCCUAACAACAUCUCCUUUCAGAACGGGUAUGAUGCUAUGAAAGGUGUUGGAAACUACGGUGGGGUUAAUGACAAUGAUGGUGAACUUAGUCUAUCUAUGAACAGAAUGAAGAGUCAAAUUAGCUUCUCUUCAAGGAAUCCUUCUUCCUUAGGAAUGCUAUCACCAAACUCCAAAAUGGGAAAUGAAGGUGUUGGGAUAAAUAGCCCUGAGGAUGGGAGACAUGAAGGUAGCAAUGGUGAUGCUCGAUAUUUUGGCCCUGGAUUCUCUUAUGCUUCAUGGGAUGACACUUCACAUCUGAAAAGAAAGAGAAAUAGUAAUGAUGAGUUGCUUUCUGAUGCACAGCAUGGAGAGGUGGGAAAUCAAGUUCAUACACUUUCGCAUCAGUUGAGUUUGCCAAGAACUUCGUCGGAGAUGUUUGCUAUGGAUAAUUUGCUUCAGUUCACGGAUUCUGUUCCUUGUAAAAUCAGAGCAAAGAGGGGCUUUGCUACUCAUCCUCGAAGCAUUGCUGAAAGGGUGAGAAGAACUCGAAUAAGUGAACGAAUAAGAAAAUUGCAAGAGCUUGUUCCAAACAUGGAGAAGCAAACCAGCACGGCAGAGAUGUUGGACUUGGCUGUAGAGUACAUAAAAGAUCUUCAGAAACAAUUCAAGACACUGAGCGAAAGACGAGCUAAAUGCAAAUGUAUAAACAUUCACAAGUCAGAAACAAAUCAAAUUGCUUGAGUUUCUUUUGUAGAGGUAAUAAAAGGAACUAUGCAGACAUGGAUUGGACCCGGGUUUAUAUUUUGACGUGCUGAAAAUCAGCAGAAAAAAAAGUUAAUAUAAGAUGCAGAAAGCCAGCUUUUAACUCUUCCCGGCUACAUUGUGUACUUUAAGUUAACGGGGUUUCAUCCACACAGACAAUAAAUCAAACAGUUUAAUUUGUAAUUUUGUAUACGAAAAUUCUAUUGUUUUAA